AUGGAGACCAUCGAGAUCGACCAGGACGACGCGGCCAACGCCCAGGCCAUGCUCUCCAACGAGGAAUACAAGAUCUGGAAGAAGAACUCGCCCUUCCUCUACGACCUUGUGGUGACGCACGCGCUGGAAUGGCCCUCGCUCACCUGCCAGUGGUUCCCAGACAGGGACACACCGGCGGACAAGUCGUACACGCAGCACCGCCUCCUGCUCGGCACCCACACGUCCGGGCAGGACCAAAACUACCUCCAGAUUGCACAGGUGCAGCUGCCGCACACGGGCGCCGACGGGCCGUCGUCUGACCCGUCGCUCGAUUUGCGCGAGUACGACGAGGACAAGGGCGAGAUCGGGAGCUACUCGGCCACCACGGCCCGCCUCUCGAUCGUCCAGAAGAUCAACCACGACGGCGAGGUCAACCGCGCCCGCUACUGCCCGCAAAACUGCGACCUGAUCGCCACCCGCACCGUCAUGGGCGAGACGUACGUCUUUGACCGGACAAAGCACAGCAACACGCCCGACGCCGACGGCAAGUGCCGGCCGGACAUUAUCCUCAAGGGGCAGAAGAAGGAAGGGUACGGCCUGGCGUGGUCGCCGCUCAAGCAGGGCCACAUCCUCGCGGCGUCCGAGGACACGACAGUCUGCCACUGGGACAUCAACGCGUACAAGAAGGGCAACAACACGCUCGCGCCGCUGCAGACCUACCGCGGCCACACGUCGGUGGUUGAGGACGUGGCGUGGCACUCGCACCACGAGUCGCUGUUUGGCUCGGUGGGCGACGACCGCCAGCUGCUCAUCUGGGACGUGCGCGAUGAGGCGAGCACGCCCAAGUACCGCGUCGAGGCGCACGCCGGCGAGGUCAACGCGCUGGCCUUUAACCAGGAGAACGAGUACAUCCUCGUCACGGGGUCGGCCGACAAGACGGUGGGCGUGUGGGACCUGCGCAACCUCAAGGUCAAGCUGCACUCGCUCGAGGGCCACACCGACGAGAUCCAGGGCCUCUGCUUUUCGCCGCACAACUCGACGGUGCUCGCCUCGGCGAGCGCCGACCGCCGGAUCAACAUCUGGGACCUCAGCCGGAUCGGCAUGGAGCAGACGCCCGAGGACGCCGAGGACGGCCCGCCGGAGCUCGUCUUUGUCCACGGCGGCCACACGAGCCGGCCCACGGACCUGGCGUGGAGCCCGCACCUCGAGUGGGCCCUGACCAGCGCGGCCGAGGACAACAUUGUCAUGGUCUGGCGGCCCAGCAAGAGCGUCGUCGACGUGGGCGACGAGGACGUGGGCGACGAGGAGCUCGAGUAG